AUGCAUCGCAGCCGGGUCACCAGCACCGCCGACAGGGCAGCGACAGCCAUGCUUUGGGGCUGUGAGCUAAACCAGGAGAAGCGGACCUGGACCUUCAAACCGCAGAAGGAGGGGAAGCAGGACUGUAAGGUGCUGCUGAGCACGAUUUGCUUGGGGGAGAAAGCCAAGGAGGAGAUGAACCUCGUGGAGAUCCUGGCCCCAGCAAGCCAGGAGGACAAGAGGCCAAAGCCCAUCACCAUCGCCUCACUGCAAGCCUCAGUCCUGCCCACGGUCAUGAUGGGCCUGGAGCUUUCUCCUCCAGUCACCUUUCAGCUGCGGGCUGGCUCUGGGCCCGUGUUCCUCAGCGGCCAGGAAUGUCACGACCCCAAUGACAUCUUGGAGGAAGAGGAGGAGGAGGAAGAGGAGGAGGAAGAUGAGGAGGAAGAUGAGGAUGAGGAUGACGAGGAUGAGGAUGACGAUGUGGAUAUGUCCCUAGAGGAAACUCCUGCCAAACCAGGCAAGAGGCUGAUUUCCCAGAGGCAGACCAGCGUUGCCAAGAAAAAGAAGGUGGAGAAAGAAGAGGAAGUGAUGAGACCCAGCCUGAAAGACAAGAGCCCUGCAAGGAAGGCCAAAGCCACACCCAGAGCCAAAAAGCCGGCAUUCAAGAAAUGAGGAGCCAGGAGCGGCCUGGCCCCAGUGACCGUGGGAGGGCUGGCCAGGCCACGCCACCAUGCAGAGUGGGCUUUCACGGGAUACACUGUGGACCCACACCUGCUCCCUGGGGCCCUCCACCUGAGGCUGAAGGUGAUGGAGGUAUGGGGGGCGCAACACAAGAGCCCCCUAUCGCAAGUCUCCGGAUUGA